UACUUAAAUAACUCUAUUCUUUAGGAAAGAUGACAGCUGAAAGCCGUGAAUGACUCAUCAGAAUUGAGUAUGCCAGACAGCUGUGUUCGCUAUACUUCACUGUGAAUACUUUUGAUUUGAUCCUAAAUUAAACACACAAAAGAAAAUGUAUAUGUUAAUGCUCAUCAUCAAAGCCUUACCUUCAUCUUCUCUUCUGUGUGUUCAGGUCAAAGGGAUUGGCAGAAGAAUGCUGGCGCCAGGUGCCCAGGGGCAGGAUGGCAUUGUGUUGGCAGAGAGCAGCGGGUGUUAGAUGGUUCCUCUUGAUGCUCCUGUGGCACUGGGCACCUCUGGGCCCACUGAGCUGGUUUCUGGCUUUGGCUGAGCGUCUGGACCAGAAGACCUCACCGUUCUCUUCUAUCUCUGGCCGGAGCAGUGGCCAGCUGGACUGGCUCCUGUCUGAUAAAGGGCCCUUCCAUCGUUGUCCAGAAUACACCGAGUUCAAAGAACGCUUCCAACAAGGUUUCUCCACACGCUACAAAAUCUACAGGGAGUUUAGUCACUGGAAAGUGAACAGCUUGGUGACAGAGAAAAGAGACUUCUUCAAAGCCCCGCUGCCUUUGGCGCCCGAGUUUUUACGCAACCUCAGGCUUCUGGGAAGAAGGCCGAGCCUUCAGCAGAUUCAUGAAAAUCUGAUCAAGAAAUAUGGCACUCAUUUCUUGGUAUCAGCCACAUUGGGAGGAGAGGAGUCACUCACGAUCUUCUUGGACAAACAGAAGCUGAGCAAAAAGUCAGAGGGCAAUGGGAAUAGCUCCGUGGUCUCCCUGGAAAUCUUGCACCAGUUGGCGGCGUCAUACUUCACAGAUAGAGAGAGCACCCUGCGAAGGCUCCACCACCUGCAGAUCGCUACAUCUGCUAUUAAGGUAACGGAGACCAGAACGGGGCCUCUUGGAUGCAGUAACUACGACAGCCUGGAUUCCGUCAGCUCCGUCUUAGUGCACAGCCCAGAAAAUAAAAUCCACCUGAAAGGUCUACAGGAUGUGCUUCCUGAGUUCCUGCAGAAUCGUUUUGUGGAGGCGGCCCUCAGUUACGUGGCAUGUAAUUCAGAGGGCGAGCUGCUGUGCCGCAACAAUGACUGCUGGUGCCGCUGCUCGGCAAAGUUCCCUGAUUGUAACUGCCCCUUCGCAGACAUCAAAGCCAUGGAGGAGAGUCUGCGUAAGAGCAAAGAGUCCUGGAUCAACCUUAACAAUGACUUUAUGGACUCAGGUAG